AUGGCCGCCCCUCUGUCCUCCGUUAGUUUGCAGUUAUUUCAUCCUGGAGCGCGCAUUUGCCGUGCAUCAGUCAUGCUAUAUAAAGUGUGGCGCGCGGACGGAGGAAUGUGCAGUGGCGAUCCAGUCUCUCACCAUGAAGCAGCUGGUCCUGCUGACCUUGGCCCUGGUGGCGGUCACUGAGGGGUUCGUCAUCGACCCCUUCGGCUACGGCGGUGGCUUCGGAGGGCUCGGAGGGCUAGGAGGGUUUGGGCUGGGCAGCUUCGGAUACGGCGGUCUGUUCCCGUCGACGUUCCACCACCACACGGUGCAGCCGAUCGUUCAGCCCAUCAUCAUCCAGCCGCCCAAGGAGGAGGAGCCGGAGCCGGAGCCCAAGGUGGAGGUGCACGUGCACCACGGCCCGGCCGAGCCGCACCCGCCCGAACCGCACCCGCACCCCCCGGAACCGCCACAGGUGCACGUUAUUCACGUCUGAUUCCGGCCCGCUCAGCGCGUGAUAUUUGAACAAAAUUGUGCGUGUCAAUAGUAUGGUGAUUUUAGAAUGUUUGUGAUCAUUGUACACCUGUUUGGCUUCACAUCAUUUUUGCACCCCAUGUGAAAAAGUGCUGGCUAGUUGUCGUUGUGGUGAUUGUAUGCACUGGAUUGUCCGUUAAUAUACUCCUACAACAUA